CUACACAGCUAGAAACUGACGUGCACUGGUACUACUCCAUAGUAGCCUCGUCAUGUCUCGCCCACAUUGUAACUUCUAUAACUCGCCAGGCGGCUGCCGUCGUGGCACGUCUUGUACUUUUGAACACAAUCGAAAUGCAGAGCGUCGAGGAGGCGGACGACCGUCGUCACCGAGCGUGUCUUCUGAUGGAUCUCCUUCACGACGCGAUGCUCAACGCCCUCAACGCCCGAUAUCUCCAUCAAGUCCACCUCCUGGAGGAGUGUGCCGCUUCUUUUGGGAGACAGGGCGAUGUUUUCGAGAGUUCGACUGCCGUUAUGCACAUACCCUCAGGCAGGGUCAGCACGGCACACGGUCUCUGCAGCCUUUCGCAAUCCCAACACAGGCUGCGCAAGAAUUCAUCGCUCCCUUCCUCACAGAGAAAGGUCUCACGAAACUCGUGGGAGGUGGAACCGACGGUUAUUUCCCUCAGGAUGCUUCAACGUCUCUGACUCCAUCAGAGGCUCAUAGUCGUUUGAGAAGAUUUCUCCGAGAUGACUUCAGAUUCAAGACUGCCCCUGAGAUCUACGGCUUUCUCGUAUCACUGUCGAGUGCCAAUCUUCAAAACGCCUCAUGGACUCAAGAAGAAGGACAGUUACUACUCGAAGCCCUGACUUCGAACACUGGUCGACUUCGGGUCGCGGAGAUAGUGACUUGGCAGCAGGUUUCCCCAAAGGCAGUCGUAAGCCGGGAAACUCUUUCUUUUCAGAGAGGGCUUAUCCCCUUGCUUAGAUAUAUGUCUUCCGAUUUCGUUGUUCAGAGCACUUUAAGAACUCAAGUAAAUCAACUGUACAUGACGGUAUUACAGAACCUCCCAAAUUUUGCAGAUGCUGUCGAGAAGUCUAUGGACAGCAUUAUCGCUUCCCGCUCCUUCAGUGACCCCGGGGCCGUUGGAAAGGCCCCUAUCGACGCCCAGGCAUUCGUAUCCAUCGCCGGUGUCUUGCACGAGUUUCUUGUUCGCUUCAAAAACGCUGUCGCGACAUAUCCUCGUCUGGCACCCUUGGUCAUGAAUUUACAGAAAUGGUUUGGAGAGUGGAUGACUGGCAUCUCUGCUAAUCCGCCUUCGUUCGAUAAUUUCUUAAAACUCCUUCAGCCUACCGUACGAGACCUACUCGUUCAAAUUCUCCGCGAGAAGAUUAACAAGCUGGUUUCCAUUGUGGAACGGGAACAAGGAAAAGAACAGCGCUCUGAUCGUAAAAAACAACCUACCUCCCACACUGCCUCAAAUGAGAGCAUCAUUGCCGCACUCCAUAGCGGUUAUCAAGGUCCGGGUGCUGUCCGUGAAGGUGGGCCUCGCCACGACAACGACUUUGAGGACAUCUGCGAGAUUCGUAUUGCUCCCACUCAGGAGGAACUCAUGAGCCGUACUCCGCCAUUUCUGCCCGUGAACUUCUUUGGUGCUCCUCAUCCAGCACCUAUGGAGAGCAUGCAGCGCUUGCUCGACAUCCAGUUCAGGCUUUUGCGAGAGGAGCUGACCGCUCCUUUGCGUAAAGCGGUUCAGCUCGUCCAUGAUGACCUCAAAACGCAGCCGCGCAAGAAGACCAAACUCGCAGAGCUUCUGAAGAACAAGGGAGGGAAGUACCGUGGCCUGGCGGAUACGCAAGACAGUCUCAUGUUUAACGUCUACACUGGCGUUGAUUUCGUCUCCCUCGUUCCUGACUGGAGAGGUAUCUCUGCCAGCGUCGUCAUUGACGCGCCCCCGGGCCGUGCGCGGUCCGAAAAUUCUCGUGCGCGGACUUCAUUCUGGGAGGGCAUGAGUGGCAAACGCCUUUUCCAGGGCGGCUUGAUCGCCCUGAUGUGGCACACUGGCAACGAUGUCGCUGUGCAUCUUGGGGUGAUCGCCAAUUCCCUUAAAGAUCUCACUGAGCACGUGAAGCGCGAUCCAGAUCGCGUCAAGCUUCGCAUCGUCUUCUUCGACACAAAAUUGGAGCUGCGUAUUUUACAGGAGCUCAGGAACCCUCAGCCGUCCGGUCAGAACCUCAAGUUGUUGGUAGAAUCCCCCGUCAUGUUUGGAACCAUACGACCAUUCCUCGAAGCUCUGAAAGUCGAGCCCGAGGAAGUCCCGUUCUCACGCUAUCUAGUUCACCGACCUCAGGGCGUUUUAAAUACUUGCAAAGUGGACCCUCCACGAUACGCCACGAUGCCUGGUUUCGCGUUCAAUCUUUCAUGUCUUUUCCCUGACAAGACCGACGUGGAGGACUUGACGCUCUCUGUGACAGAUCGUCAAUCUAUUGAGAAUGCUCGUGCUGAGCUACGGGGGAGUAGCCGUCUUGACCCGAGCCAGGCGGAUGCAGUCGUUGAUGCACUGACAAGAGAGGUGGCCUUGAUUCAGGGUCCUCCAGGGACAGGAAAGAGUUACACCGGUGUCGAGUUGCUCCGUGUAUUACGAGCCAAUGAUGUCGGCCCUAUCUUGAUGAUUGCAUUCACGAAACACGCGCUGGACCACAUGCUUGCAUCUGUGCUGGAUGCUGACAUCACAAAGAAGAUCAUCCGCCUAGGUUCUCGCUCGGGGGACGAGAGGAUUUCGCAAUACUCGAUCGAGACACUUGAAAUGGUGAACGAAGAGUCUCGUUUGAACAGAACGUUCUCCAGCAAGCGCAGGGAACUCAAGAAUAUCCAAGAAAGCAUCAAGAACCUGAUGGUCAACGUCCUGAAGGACGACUUUGAAUCUGACUCCACCGAAAUCAUCAAGUAUAUCGCAUCCUUUCAUCCGGAGCAUUGCGGAAAUCUAAAUGCCCCACCAACUUGGAUCCGGAACAUCAAGUCGCUUUUCAGCGAUGAAGAUGACGAUGCAGGUGAAUGGCAGCAACAGGGCCGACGAGGCAAAACUUUUGCCAAGGAUAUGUCAUUCUACGCAUUCUGGAGGGACGGAUCUGACUUGGGAUUCAUCGGAGCGUUGACUGAUGGCUCAUAUGCACCUUGGAAAACUACAACUCCGCCUAACGAAACGACAAGCAACAGGUUUGGUGUUUUAGAACAGCAGUCUUCGCUCGAAUCAGAUGAUGAAUACGCGACAAGCGAGGAGCCCGAGGAUGACGAUUCGCUCUCUGAAGACCUGCCGGUUCAGGACGCUUGGAUGAAAGUCAAGAUCACGCCGCCAUCUCCGGAGCCUGAUAGUCUUCCUAAAGAAGCUCCUGUUGCACGCACCCAAACACAACCGUCUCCCGAGCCUGAACCUAGUAACGACGCUGGCCUGACACAGGCCGACUUCAAGGACCCUGAAGGAUUUCUCGCAGCCCUCGGAUGUUCGCAAUGGCCUGUCAUUCCUACAUCCAGUCGUCCCCUGAAUGAACUCCUCGAGGACGUUGGCGACGUUUGGACCAUGAGCAGGGCAGAGCGGCUUGACCUCCAUAACUUCUGGGUUCAUAAUAUGCGCAUAGAGUUGGCUGAGGCUCAGAAGGGCGAGUUUGAGCGACUUCGCGAAGUUCACGAGAACAUACUGCGGGAAUGUACCGAAGGAAAAGAAGAGGUCCGUCGAAAUUUACUGCGCAACAUCGAUAUCAUUGGUUGUACCACGACUGGUGCGGCAAAGUUGGCCACGCUCUUGAAGGGUCUAAAUCCUCGAGUAUUGCUCGUCGAGGAAGCUGGACAGGUCCUGGAGGCUCAUGUGCUCGGGAGUUUGGUGCCCUCGAUCGAGCACCUCAUUUUGAUUGGUGACCCGUUGCAACUUAGGCCGACGAUCAACAAUUUCUCAUUGUCCAUGGAUAGCCAAAGAGGGCGAGAUCUCUAUAGAUUCGACAUGUCCCUAAUGGAACGCCUCUCGAGCUCUGGACUUGCGAUGUCUCGGAUUGAUGUACAACGCCGAAUGCGGCCUGCGAUCUCGAGUUUGAUCAGGAACACCCUCUACCCCGGCCUUGAAGAUCACGAACUCGUCCGCCAAUAUCCCUCUGUCCGCGGCAUCGCGAAGAAUGUAUUCUUUGUCAAUCACAACCAUAGGGAAAAUGAAGGUGCAGAGGACUCCGCGGGCAAGUACAAUCUAUACGAAGUGGCAAUGAUUCGCGAACUAGUACUGUAUCUUCUAAGGCAAGGGUGCUACUCCGACGAAGGUGAUAUUGUGGUUCUUUGUGCCUAUCUUGGCCAGCUGGCCAAAUUGCGAGAUGCCCUCGCUGAUGAGGUGGCGAUUGUGAUUGAUGAGCGCGACCAAGCUGCUCUUGCCGACCAUGAGGGAGAUGAUGAAAACGACUUGAGUUUUGGGAUCACGAUUGAACAUGUAAAGGUCACGAGAAGGGUUCGAUUGCGAACCGUCGACAACUACCAAGGAGAAGAAGGCAGGAUCGUGAUCUUGUCACUGGUUCGAAAUUCCGGUGAAUUGGACGAUGAAAUGGCCGCGCUUGGGUUCACGCAUGGAACUAGACCUAGCAUCGGUUUCCUCAAGUCUGAGAACCGCACCAAUGUUGCGUUGUCUCGUGCACGCGAAGGUCUCUUCAUUUUUGGAAACGCUGCCAACCUGUCCUCCAGGAGUCGAAUGUGGCAGCACAUCAUCGAAGAACUGGAAAGGGACGAAGCUCUUGGUCCAGCACUUCCUAUCGCUUGUCAUCGACACCAGGAUACUCUCGAGUACGUCUCCAAGCCAGGCCAACUACCUCAAAUUGCGCCUGAUGGAGGAUGCAUGCGACCGUGCGACUUCCGUUUGAACUGUGGUCACAUGUGCCCAUUCAAGUGUCACAGCGAUGAUCAGAAACAUGCUUCUGUGACCUGCAUGCAUGCAUGCACGAGGCUUUGCACGAGAGGCCAUCCAUGCACCAAGCAAUGCGCUUCCCCUUGUGGCAACUGUUUCUUCCCGGAAGCCAAUGUCGAACUUCCGUGCGGACACUCGAAGGCGUCUGUUCCAUGCCACGAGAUCAGCACAUUGGAAAAUGUUUUCUGUGAUUUCGUCGUUGACAAGGAACUACCUUCUUGCGAGCACACAGCUCGCUUGACAUGUUCGACUGAUCCAUCCACUUAUCACUGCAAGGCUCCAUGUGGCGGAAUUAUGAGUUGCUGCGGAAGGACGUGUAAAGCCAAGUGCUACGAAUGCCAACAGAAAAACCCAACUUCCGAAGGACAACGUACAUGGAGGGCACAGCAUCUUCCUCACCCUUGCGAGAAACCACUUUUCUGCGAGCAUUUGUGUCAGGAGGCUUGUUGCGAUGACCACAAGCACACCGUCGCCUGCAGGAAGCCGUGUAGACAAGCCUGCUCUCAUGCCCGGUGUCAAUUGCCGUGUUCGGUGCCUUGUGCGCCGUGUCAAGAGCCAUGCACAUGGAGUUGCCCCCACUAUUCCUGUCCUGUACCGUGCGGCUCUGUAUGUGCAAGGUUGCCUUGCGACGUACCUUGCAACAAAACCUUGCAUUGUGGGCACAGGUGUCCUUCCGUAUGCGGAGAGGACUGUGACAUCCAAAUUUGCCCGCAGUGUGCUCCCAAUGAUAAGAAACACCAUGUCGUUGAUUUCAUUAUGCAGCGCACACUAUCCGAAGUUGCACCUGAGUCGGAAACUCUGGACGAGAUGUUGAUCACCAUUCCCUCGUGCAAGCACACGUUCACCAUAGAAACUCUGGAUGGUCACUGCAGCAUGAGUGAUUUCUAUUUCCAGAAAGAACCCGGCGGACCGUGGGUUCGUAUGCUCUCUCCCAUCGGGUUCAAAAAACCCCCCACAUGUCCAACAUGUCGCUCGCCGAUCACAGCUCCCAGAUAUGGUCGCAUUUUCAAGCGAGCUGACUUGGAUAUCUUGGAGCACAAUGUUGCCGCCCGCAUGUCUCGAGCGCUUGACCAGGUUCAAACUGCCAUUCUCCAGAUAUCUGAAGACGAUAUGAAGGCCGCAGUUAUCCGCGAGGCAGCCACCAUCAAAAUCCGCACGUCAAAGGCCAAGAAAUCCAAUUUGCAGGCAAGGGCUCGUUCUGAAGAGCUAAUGACAAAGAAGGAAGUUCCUGUCUCAGAGCGUGCCCUCAAUUCCGCGAAUACCACCCUGCAUACCAUCGAUUCAGCGGUGGCCCGAGUUUGGAGUAGGAUCACUCACAAGCUAUUCAAUGCCUACAAGGAGGCGACUGCAGUGGCUGAGACGCGUUGUGCCCACCUGCAUGCUUGGGAGUCCGCAUUUUCGUUCCUGUACCGCCGCGAAAUGAGCACUUUCAUUGGCAACAUCGAAAAUCCGACUCAUAUGCCUAGUCGGCCCGAGGAAAAUGCGAUGAGGCUCGCGAGACUGCAAGUUGGCCAGUCGCGUCCUCUAGCUGACAGGCGGUUCGUCGUGGAAGCCUUCUGGUGCACGCUGCACAUCCGCUUGACUCUGAUUACUUUGGGUCGCUUGUGGCUAGAGGAGGUGAGCAAACGCGAAACCGACUACCCGCUGUACCAUGUCCAGCAAUGGGCGAGCUACAUCAAGUUCAUACUGUGGAGUUGUUCUCGUGAUGUGGACAAGGCUCUUGAGCUCGCAAGGGGCUCUGGAUCUCACCGACAGGUCACCAAGACUUCUCUCCUUCGCAUGCGCAUUGACCUGGAGGACUUCCGAUUUAACUUCUACAUGUCCAACAAACUUGGAACCAUCAAAGAUUGUCGAGAGGAGAUGGUAGAGGCUGCAGAACAGUGCGGUUGCGAGGCGCAGCAACUGAUGAAUGACGUGGUCGCAACACAUCUUACAAGUAAGCUCACUCCAUCACCAGAGGAGGAGACUUCAUGGCUGGAGAAUAACUUUUCUCGUGCUGCACAUACAAUUGUGAGCGAGUGGAAGGCCGUCAAGAUGGCCAUUCGUGGAUUUUUUUAUCAGGAAGUCUCGUUGAAAGAGCAGAUGGAAAUAGUGCGAGCCUUCAACUUUGGCACUACUGGACACUUCUACAACUGCGCAAAUGGUCACACAUUUGUGAUUGGCGAGUGCGGAGGAGCCAUGCAACGCAGUGUUUGUCCGGAGUGUGGUUCUCCCAUCGGGGGACAGAGCCACCACCUCGACGAUACAAAUACCAGAGCGACUCAGUACGACAAUCUUGCUAGGCAAGUGCACCCUGGUAUAGCAGGAACCCCAUGGGCCAAUCCUUAUUAGGUAGCUCUCAUGACUUCGACCGGUCAUUGCAGAUAUGAUACUUGUGUACAGUGCACACCUUGAUAUUCCAAAUGUAGUUUACUAAAUAGCAGCGCUUUCAAACACUGCAC